AUGCUAAGAAUCUACCGUCCCAGAGUUAUGGCUAUUGCCAGAAGAUAUGUCUCGCAGACUGCGCAGACCAGCAACGCUAUGGUCGCUGAUACCACUGAUCCCAUGAUGAACCCUAUGCAGCCCAAGUUGAGUAGCCACUCGCAGCUGCCACCCAGCAGUGUCGCUUACUUGAAGACGCUGUCUCGUGCUGAGGUUUUCUCGCUGGGGAUGAUAGGGCUGGCCACCACCAGCAAGCCUGUGCUAAACCUUGUGAUCAAGCUGUUCCCAUAUGUGCCUAUGCCUUUGAUCAAGAUGUUUGUGUCCCGUCUGUACUGUGGUGGUGACAACAUCAACGAGGUCAAGACCUUCGGCGAGAAAUUGCAGAAAAGAGGCAUCUCGAACAUGAUGCUGUCCCUAACCAUAGAGGAUUCCGAAGGUACAAAGAACAUCGAUAUCAACUACAUUGUCGAGGAGACUAUCAAGUCCGUGCACGGCGUGCUAAAACCAAACCUGGUCAACCAGCUGGAGAAGUGCGGCAACGACGCGAAGAAGAUCAACGAGAUCGCCCCGGGUUACAUCGCUUUGAAACCUUCUGCACUGGUGUCUAACCCACAUGACGUGCUAAUGAACUUCAACAACCCAGACCCUCACUGGGUCGCACAACGCGAGAAGCUGAUCGACAACUGCUCUAGAAUCGCCCAGGAGAUUUACGACUUGAACAACGACUUGCUUAAGAAGUACCCUUCUAGAACAGCUCCAUUCUGCGUCGCUACCAUCGACGCUGAGAAGUACGACCUGCAAAACAGCGGGGUCUACGAACUACAAAGAAUUCUGUUCCAGAAAUUCAACAAGCUAAGCUCCCCAAUGGUUUCCGUGAUUGGUACUUGGCAACUAUACUUGGUCGACUCCGCAGCACAACUUGCUCGCGAACACGCAAGAGCUAUGAAGGAAGGUUACAAGUUGGGUGUCAAAUUAGUUAGAGGCGCUUAUAUCCACUCUGAGACAAAGCGCGACUCUAUCAUCUUCAAAACUAAAGAAGGCACAGACGAAAACUACGAUGCGGUCAUGACCACUGUUAUCCAAGACCUUUUAAAGAAUGGUACCAAAUCCUACUAUGGUCACUUGGUCGUCGCAUCUCACAAUUAUGGGUCUCAGAUGCUGGCUACCAAAAUCUUGAAAGAUGCUCCAGAAAAUGUCGGUAAGGCCAAUAUCGUCCUUGGACAAUUGCUAGGUAUGUCAGACAACGUCACUCACGAUUUGAUCACCAAGCAUGGCGCAAAGAACAUUAUUAAGUACGUCCCAUGGGGUCCUCCAUUGGAAACUAAGGACUAUCUAUUGAGAAGAUUACAAGAAAACGGUGAUGCAGUUAAGUCAGACAAUGGUUUCCCACUAGUGAAGGCAGUAAUUAAAUCACUCUUCUCUAGGGCUUGA